AUGGACCCACUCCCUCGUCUCCUCGACUCAGACCUACCACACGGUAAGCCGAAUUCGCCAUUUUGAGUGUGGAAAACCCUGCGGACACCCCGAUCGUUGCAGCAGGACCCGAUGCACGACACAACGCUGCACUCGGGUUGUAGCAGUGCAAUAUGGCUCUGAGAAGUGUCACUCUUCUACUGUCUAGCGCCCCAAAAUGUUCAGCUUUCACUGCGUGCCGAGCCCAGAGUACAGCUCCUGCUGCCACCCGCAAAGUUAAGGAUGCUGAAGAAGUCAAAAAGGCUGCCAAGGGAUCCAAGGUGCCAUUCAACUGGCGAGACGCUCUGGACUUGGAGGGUCAGCUGACAGAGGAGGAGGUGAUGAUCCGGGACUCCUUCCGUGACUACUGCCAGGAAAAACUCAUGCCCCGCAUUGUCAUGGCCAACAGACACGAGCAUUUCCACCGUGAGAUUGUCUCGGAGAUGGGAGAGUUGGGCGUCCUAGGCCCCACAAUCAAAGGUUACGGCUGUGCGGGAACAAGUUAUGUGGCAUAUGGCUUGAUUGCCAGAGAGGUGGAAAGAGUGGACAGUGGCUAUCGCUCAGUCAUGAGCGUACAGUCUUCACUGGUCAUGCAUCCCAUUAAUGCUUAUGGCACAGAGGCUCAGAAGGAGAAAUACCUACCCAGGCUUGCUUGCGGAGAAAUCCUGGGCUGUUUUGGCUUGACAGAACCCAACCAUGGCAGUGAUCCCAGCAGUAUGGAGACCAAGGCUAUGUACAACCCAUCCAGUGGUACCUUCACUGUCAGUGGAGCCAAAACAUGGAUCACCAAUUCCCCUGUAGCAGACAUCGCAGUGGUCUGGGCCAGGUGUGAAGAUGGAAAGGUGCGUGGCUUCAUCCUAGAGCGUGGAAUGAAGGGUUUCGCUACCCCGAAGAUAGAGGGCAAGUUCUCACUGAGGGCCUCCGCCACUGGCAUGAUCCUGAUGGACGAAGUAGAAGUUCCUCAAGAGAACCUGCUUCCAAAUGUCUCUGGUCUGGCUGGCCCCUUUGGCUGCCUCAACAAUGCUCGGUAUGGCAUCGCCUGGGGAGCUCUGGGAGCAGCGGAAUUCUGUUUCCACACUGCUAGACAGUACACUCUGGACAGAAUACAAUUUGGAGUGCCACUGGCAAGGAAUCAACUUAUGCAGAAGAAGAUGGCUGACAUGUUGACAGAGAUUACCAUUGGGCUGCAGUCGUGUUUGUCCCUGGGAAGACUUAUUGAUGAGAAGAAAGCAGCUCCAGAAAUGAUUUCCAUGCUGAAGAGGAAUAGCUGUGGCAAAGCUUUAGAUAUAGCAAGACAAGCCAGAGACAUGCUGGGAGGGAAUGGAAUCGCAGAUGAAUACCACAUCAUCCGCCAUGUCAUGAACCUUGAGGCUGUUAACACGUAUGAAGGAACCCAUGAUAUCCACGCCUUGAUCCUGGGCAGAGCUAUUACUGGACUUCAAUCUUUUACAGUUGAAAAGUAGUUUUGAGAGGUUGAAUGAGAAUACUUACAAGGGAAUAUUAGCUGUAGAAACUGGAGCACUUUAUUAUCAUCUUUGCAGGUGUUUUAGUUUGUGGAUUAUAUUAUGAAUACAGGGUGUCCCAAAAGUGACAACACACUUUUUUUUUCGGGGGGGGGGGGGGUUCUUUUUCAUUUCAGAUAUCAUUCGAACAGACAUGAGGCCAUCAGCAUUUGACAGCUUCGGCUUUGCCAUUUUUGUAAGCAUAGUGCCACUGGAGCAGCGUUGCUAAAUUGAUGCCUGGCAAGAGGUUUUUCUGUCCUGACUGCAAGUUAAGCGCCAGUUUAAGAUUCAUGGCAUCACACUGCUCCAGCGUGUAGUAAAAUGUAUGCGAUCCAUGGCACGUUUGUCAAAACAAGAUGUGUUGUUGACAGCCAUGCAUCGGAAGGCCUGCUACGAUCGACGCUAAUGAAACUGAACCUCUAGAGCAGGUGUUCAUGCAAAGGCUUCAAGCAGAAUAUUAUAAGGAUCUACAACCUGAAGCCGGGACGGGUAACGCUUUAUUAAUCUUCGAAGCAUCUGCUAAAUGAAGCUUUUUUAUUAUUAUUAUGAGUUCCAAUGCAGCCUCUAGACAUUACCCGGCUUUGUAAAAGCCUGCGUUAGAGGAGUUUGGUGUUUUUAUAAGUGGUAGUAGUAGCAGGCCUUCCACUGCAUGGUUGUCAAAACAGAUGCUGUUUAGAGAAACGUGCCAUGUAUAGCAUACAUUGUACAAUGUGUUGGAGUAGUGUGACACCAUGAAGCUUAAACUGGCUCUGAGGAUGGGAAAAACUUAUUGGUGGGCAGCACUUUUCCAACACGGCUCCAAUGUCAAAUGGCCAGCCAUGGGCAAUGGAAUGAAUGACAUGCUUGCAAAAACUGCAAAGCCUAAGCUGCCAAAUGCUGAUGGUCUCCUGUCUGUCGGAAUGAUACCAAAAACAAAAUGGGAUAAAGGAAGAAUAUGGUGAUUUUUGGGACACGCUGUAUUCACGUUCAUUUGUUUCUGCUAUGCAAUACACAACCGCAUUGGGUUCAAGUUAGGUACUUUAUAAACUAUUUUCCAGUUAUAAUGCCAGAACACAAAUACUGUAGUUUAUUUGGGGUGGAGGGGGGGUUGCAUGUUGUUUUCAUUAUAAAUUAAGAGCUGCGUUUUAUUUUGUCAUGUUUUAAUACAACUUUAAAUGAUGCAAAAUGAGGAUGGCUGAUGUUCUUGUGAAAAGCACCAAUAAAACUGCUAUCCUACA